AUGAACCACCAAAUUGAUCACAUCUUUGGGAAGGUCCACUCCAUCAGCCUUGGCAAUGGCAAUAACUUCACGCAUGGCAGGAAUAGAAACCGCUUCCAAACCGCCCGAAAGCUGGAGCCUUCCGGUAUCCACACCGGUCAAAGCCGCUACGGUAUUCAAGGAUGCAUUGUAAACCAAUUUUCUGUAUCGAUACCACUUGGCAUCAGGAAAAUAGGUACAGUCAAUUUUCUCGUUUUGGUAGAGCGAGAUAAACUCCAUCGUUUUUCCUUCUUGUGCCUCUUUAGAGAGGUUCGGGUUUUCAAAGUAACUGAUCAAAGACUUGUCUUUUUGGGUUUGAGUGAUUACACCAUUAUGAUUGUGAGAACCAAUGUGAGAAACACCGGAAAUACACACAUUUUUUGGGUACUUUUCAACAAAAGGUCUUCCCAAAUCGAAACCAUUCUGCAUCAAUACCACUGCUGUCUCCUCUGGAGUGAUAACCGGGGCAGAAAGGUCCUCAACACGAACAAUAUCAGGCAAAUUCUUUGUCGCAAUGACGAUAAAGUCGUAUAUAUUGCCUGUUUUGGCCGCUUCUUCAACACUUUCGAAAACAUUGUGUGGCUUCCAGUGUUCUAUUUCACCGUAAUCGACAGAAUGGAUGUUCCAACCAGCAUUUUUCACUUUUUCGUAAUCACGACGAACCACAACGUCGAUAUUGGCUUUGCCAACAUAGUAGAUUCCAUAGGCAACAAUUGUACCCACGCCUCCAGUACCAAUUAG